AACUGGGACUUUUAAUCGAUUGCCCCAUGCAUUUCCAUUCCUUCACGUUGUAAACGAGCCGGAAGACGAAACCCACCAGUAAUUUCGUGCUUCGGUUCUUGCUCGACAACUUCCUGGAAUUUCAAUCUCGUUCUCUUCUUGAAUCCAGCGGUGGGUCUGUUUCUUUUGUGCAGCUUUUCUUUUUCUGGGUGCAGAUUUUCCCUUUUCCUUCUUCCUUCCCCUCGUUUCCCAACAUUCAUUGGUCGAUUUUGGCGAGUCCAAGUUUUGCUGAUUUUACCUUAGAUGCGAAUUCUUUGCUGGGUCUUGACUCUCCGCCAUAAGCAUAUUCCGGGUCAUCGUCAAAAUCCCAAAUUUCUUUUCCUUCUGCCUGAUUCCUGAAUUCGGUCGAGAACCAUGAUUUCCAUGUCGGGUCGAUAAUUCAUUGGUCGAUUUUGGCGAGUCCAAAUUUUGCUGAUUUCAACUUAGAUGCGAAUUCUUUGCUGGUUCUUGACUCUCCGCCAUAAGCAUAUUCCGGGGCAUCGUCAAAAUCCCCAAUUUCUUUUCCUUCUGCCUGAUUCCUGAAUUCGGUCGAGAACCAUGAUUUCCAUGUCGGGUUCUCUGUUGCUGCCUCCUAGUUUGUCCGGUAAUUCUCCUCGACGUGUUGGGUUUUCCGUUCGGAGGAAAAGUGCUCUGGAAUCGCGUGGCGGCGAGCAGAGGAAUGUGGUUUGUGGGUGUAUGGCCCCUCCGACGAACCUGAGGAGCGAUGGAUUUUCGGCAACCAGAUACAAUGAUCCAUCCAAAGUGGGGAAAUUGGGCAUAGUCCGGGAGCAGGAGGGUGAUUCAGAUGUCCUCAUUGAGUGUAGAGAUGUGCACAAGUCGUUUGGUGAGAAGCAUAUAUUAAGGGGUGUGAGCUUUAAGAUUAGACAUGGCGAAGCUAUUGGAAUAAUUGGUCCUUCUGGCACUGGGAAAUCUACGGUUUUGAAGAUUAUUGCAGGACUGCUUGCCCCAGACAAGGGAGAAGUUUUCAUUCGAGGUAGGAAGCGAGUCGGUCUCAUCAGUGACGAGGAGAUAUCUGGUCUGCGAAUAGGAUUGGUAUUUCAAAGUGCUGCACUUUUUGAUUCCCUCACCGUUCGGGAAAAUGUUGGUUUUCUCUUAUAUGAAAAUUCCAACAUGCAUGAAGAUAAAAUCUCCGAGCUUGUGACAGAGACCUUGGCUGCUGUUGGAUUGAAGGGAGUUGAGGAUCGAUUACCCUCUGAAUUGUCUGGAGGGAUGAAGAAACGUGUUGCUUUAGCUCGGUCUAUUAUUUUUGAUACCACAAGGGAUUCAAUAGAGCCAGAGGUACUCUUGUACGAUGAACCAACAGCUGGGCUUGACCCUAUUGCAUCCACUGUGGUUGAAGAUCUUAUCCGAUCUGUGCAUUGGAAAGGUGAAGAUGCACUUGGAAAGCCUGGGAAGAUAUCGUCAUAUGUGGUUGUCACUCAUCAGCACAGCACCAUCCAAAGAGCUGUCGACAGGUUGAUAUUUCUUUAUGAGGGAAAGAUAGUUUGGGAAGGAAUGACUCAUGAGUUUACGUCGUCGGCAAAUCCGAUUGUCCGGCAGUUUGCUUCAGGAAGCUUGGACGGUCCAAUUAAAUACUAGCGCUUGAUGUAUACGAAAAGUAGUCAUGGUCUUGAGAUUUUCUCAAGAGGCGAGUCAAGCGGAUAGCGGACUGGUCGGGCCACCUGAUGUGCUUGCACGUUCAACACGAUUAACUUACAUCAUAGGGGCUAACAGAAGUUGCAUUGCGUUGUGGACACGACCGAGAUGGGUUGAGAUAAGUUAUACCUUCACCACAGAGGCAUCAGGUUGGUUGUUUGUAUGAUAAUUCGAUUUCUAAUAGCAGAAUCGAGAUCGUCGUGUUGAAUUUUUUAUUUCAAAUGUUUUGGCUAUUAAGAUUUGACUCCAGAAGUAGCAUUUUUGGACUGAA